CAUAUCCUGCACCAUUCAGGAGGGCAUCUCACCCAACACACAUCGCGGCCGCCGCCAUCCUCCGACGGAGCUCGCCGCCAGCCAUGGUCUCAACCACCUUCUCCUCCUCCCGUCCCGUCAUCAGAAGAGAGGAGGGAGGGAGUUCCACCGCGACCGCGAACCAGCAGGUGAGCCGGCGGCCAUGGCACGCCCAGAUCCACGCGGCCACGGUAUUUCGACCCGCGAGCUCGCGUGCUCCGUGCGGCGAGGAGGGGGCGCUGACCGGCGCAUGCGUGCCUGCGGCGGUUGCUUCUCCUGGAAGCUUCGGUGGGCACGGCCCGAUCCGGUUUAAUCCGAGAGCAGGCGGCGGCAAUGUCGGCCGCGGGGGAGGACAUAGUGCAGCACCUCUCGUCCAACUCCAACCCGUCCUCGUCCAAGCUCGCCAAGCUCGAGGCGCGCAUGGCCGGCAAGGCCGUCUCGGUGCUGCCCCCAUCGUCGCCGCACCACCCGUGGUCUCCGCCACCUCCGCCCCCACCUUCAUGGAGCAGGAGGAGCUGCUUGAGUUCUCCUCCUCUUCGGUGAUGGCGAUGAGAGGGGGAACAGCGACGGCGGUGGUUCCGAUAGGGCCGGGAUGGACUCGGGGAAAUACGUGCGCUACACGCCCGACCAGGUCGAGAUGCUCGAGCGGGUGUACGCCGACUGCCCCAAGCCGACGUCCUCGCGCCGCCAGCAGCUGCUGCGCGAGUGCCCCAUACAUGCCAACAUCGUGGCGAGGCAGAUCAAGGUCUGAUUCCAGAACAGAAGUGCCGAGAUAAGCUGUGGAAAGAGUCUUCACGGCUUGAGUCCGUGAACAGGAAGGUGUCGGCCAUGAAUAAGCUUCUUAUGGAAGAGAACGA